AUGGUAUCCUUCGCUAGGUGUCUCAGCACUUCGAGCUGCCGGCUUGCCGCAAGAAACGUCGGGAAGCUGAUCGACCAUGCGCAGCCCAUCCCCCAUCUCAAAGGUACUCCGUCGAUAUACAACAACAAGUCGUCCGCUUCGAACUACAAGGGCUACCUGCGGGCCAAGAUUCCCAGUGGGCUGUACUACGCUCCGACGCCCGCAUCGACCACCGGCUCUGUGAGCUCGGAAGACAUCCCGGCAUCGUUUAUGGCCAAGGACGACGCCCGGAGACAGCUUGCCGAGCGCCUGCACGCCCGCGACGCGCAGGUCUCAAAGCUCGCGCCCCCGCUGCAUGUCAAGGGCGAGAAAACGUACCAUUUGUCGCCAGAGCAGGUUGCUGAGAUCGUGCGGCUGCGCACCCUGGACCCCUACAAGUACACGCGCAAGGCGCUGGCAAAGCAGUUCAACGUCAGCCCGCUCUUCGUCUCCAUCGUCGCCGACUGCCCGCCGGAGCGCAAGGCUGACAUGGAUGCCCGCCUGGCCGCGAUCAAGGAGAGGUGGCACCAUAAGCGCAUGCUGGCGCGCGAGGACCGCAAGAAGAGAAAAGAGCUCUGGUACAGAGCCUAA